AUGGCAGAAAUUUUAUCCCAUAUAUCUGAGCUGGGUAUAAGUAAAGUUCAACUACGGCUUGAGGAUAUCGAGGCUAUUCUUCAAACCCUGGUAUAUGAUGGCAAAGCAGAAAGAGGGCAGGAUGUAGAAUCAGGUUCCGUAUAUAGAGCAGUUAACUCUCCAGUAUCCACACCAGGUUUUGUAAGAUCUCCUUGUGGGGUUUGUCCCGUGAUACAAGAUUGUGGAGAAUCUGGUCUGAUUAAUCCUUCCAGCUGUCAAUAUUUCAAGGAUUGGUUAGAUUUCUGA